GGGCUGAGAAAGUGGUGACACCGCCGGGGUGCGGAGGGAGUCCCUGAAACUUCUCCCAACAGCCCCAGGGCCAAUCUCCCCUCAGCCCACUCCCCUCUUCGCCAGCUCCCAGGUCCCCACUCCCUGCACCGGGGGUGGGGUGGGGGAGCCAGGCCCGUCUCCCGCUGGGACACACACAGGGGCCGGGAGCGGGGACGGGACCCCCGAGGCGGGGGGGACGGACCGACAGACAGACGGCCGGGCGCCCGCCCCAGCGGGCAGGCAGGCAGGAGGAGGCGGAGGCGGGGGUACGACGGGGAGGACUGGGUCUGGGGAGUUUCCUCUCAACUAUCGGGGGAGAAACUCCCCGCAGCCGGAGGAAAGACCCAGACGGUGUUUUCCUCCCGGGGGCCGCGCUCCCCCGCCCCGCGUAGCGGCGGCCACUGCCGCCGCCGCCGGCGCCUCCACCUCUACCAUCUCCUCUUUCUCCACCACCUCGGGCCCCGGUGUCCCCGGCCAGCACUAUGCCCAUCUUACUGUUCCUGAUAGACACGUCUGCCUCUAUGAACCAGCGCAGCCAUCUGGGCACCACCUACCUGGACACGGCCAAAGGCGCGGUAGAGACCUUCAUGAAGCUCCGUGCCCGGGACCCUGCCAGCAGAGGAGACAGGUAUAUGCUGGUCACUUUCGAAGAGCCGCCCUAUGCUAUCAAGGCCGGAUGGAAAGAAAACCAUGCAACGUUUAUGAAUGAACUGAAAAACCUUCAGGCUGAAGGACUUACGACUCUUGGCCAAUCCCUAAGGACAGCUUUUGAUUUAUUAAAUUUAAAUAGAUUAGUAACUGGCAUAGACAACUAUGGGCAGGGAAGAAACCCUUUUUUCUUGGAGCCAGCAAUAAUUAUCACAAUUACUGAUGGGAGCAAGUUGACUACUACCAGUGGGGUACAGGAAGAGCUCCAUUUACCUCUUAAUUCUCCUUUGCCUGGAAGUGAAUUGACCAAGGAACCUUUCCGCUGGGAUCAGAGACUCUUUGCAUUAGUGUUGCGCUUGCCUGGCACCAUGUCAGUAGAAUCAGAACAGUUGACAGGCGUGCCUUUGGAUGAUUCUGCCAUCACACCAAUGUGUGAAGUGACAGGCGGCCGUUCAUACUCUGUGUGUUCUCCAAGAAUGCUUAAUCAGUGUCUGGAGUCGUUGGUGCAGAAAGUGCAAAGUGGGGUGGUAAUAAACUUUGAAAAAGCAGGACCAGAUCCUUCCCCUGUAGAAGAUGGACAGCCAGAUAUAUCAAGACCUUUUGGAUCUCAACCUUGGCAUAGCUGUCACAAACUCAUAUAUGUCAGACCAAAUCCUAAAACAGGGGUUCCUAUAGGUCAUUGGCCUGUUCCAGAAUCUUUUUGGCCAGACCAGAAUUCUCCCACACUACCACCUCGUACAUCUCAUCCUGUAGUGAAGUUUUCUUGCACCGACUGUGAACCAAUGGUUAUUGAUAAACUGCCUUUUGACAAAUACGAGUUGGAGCCUUCACCACUGACUCAGUUUAUCCUGGAAAGGAAAUCUCCUCAAACAUGUUGGCAGGUAUAUGUGAGCAAUAGUGCAAAAUAUAGUGAACUUGGUCAUCCUUUUGGUUACUUGAAAGCCAGUACAGCACUGAAUUGUGUCAAUUUAUUUGUGAUGCCUUACAAUUAUCCAGUCCUUCUUCCCCUCUUAGAUGACUUGUUUAAAGUGCAUAAAGCAAAACCAACAUUGAAAUGGAGACAGUCAUUUGAAAAUUAUUUGAAGACAAUGCCUCCCUACUAUCUUGGGCCUUUGAAGAAAGCAGUUAGAAUGAUGGGAGCACCUAAUCUGAUAGCAGACAGUAUGGAAUAUGGACUUAGUUACAGUGUCAUUUCAUACCUCAAAAAGUUGAGUCAACAGGCCAAAAUAGAAUCUGAUCGAGUCAUUGGAUCUGUAGGCAAAAAAGUAGUACAGGAAACUGGUAUUAAAGUCAGAAGUCGAUCACAUGGUUUAUCAAUGGCAUAUAGGAAAGAUUUUCAACAACUGCUCCAGGGAAUUUCAGAGGAUGUCCCUCACAGACUGCUAGAUCUUAACAUGAAGGAAUACACUGGGUUCCAAGUUGCUUUGCUAAAUAAGGAUUUGAAGCCUCAGACAUUUAGAAAUGCUUAUGACAUACCAAGACGUAAUCUUUUGGAUCACUUGACAAGAAUGCGAUCUAAUCUUUUGAAGAGCACCCGUAAAUUUCUUAAAGGACAGGAUGAAGAUCAAGUACACAGUGUUCCUAUAGCACAAAUGGGAAAUUACCAGGAAUACCUCAAGCAAGUACCUUCUCCACUACGAGAACUUGAUCCCGAUCAACCUCGAAGGUUGCAUACAUUUGGCAACCCAUUUAAGCUGGAUAAAAAGGGUAUGAUGAUAGAUGAAGCAGAUGAAUUUGUGGCUGGACCUCAAAAUAAACAUAAGCGACCUGGAGAACCAAAUAUGCAAGGGAUCCCUAAAAGACGUCGGUGUAUGUCUCCCCUCCUGCGAGGCAGACAACAGAAUCCUGUAGUGAACAAUCAUAUUGGAGGAAAAGGACCACCUGUACCUAUGACUCAAGCACAGCCAGAUCUUAUUAAACCCCUUCCUCUUCAUAAAAUUUCAGAAACCACUAAUGAUUCAACAAUAGAUGAUGUGAUUGAAAAUCAUGUUGCAGACCAACUUUCAUCAGAUGUUACACCAAAUGCUAUGGAUACUGAAUUUUCAACAUCAUCUUCUCCAGCCAAUUUACUGGAACGACCAACCAAUCAUACAGAGGCUCUUGGUCAUGAUCAUUUAGGAACUAAUGACCUCAGUGUUGGUGGAUUUUUAGAAAAUCAUGAGGAACCAAGAGAUAAAGAACAAUGUGCUGAGGAGAACAUACCAGCAUCUUCACUCAACAAAGGAAAGAAAUUGAUGCAUUGCAGAAGCCAUGAAGAGGUCAACACUGAACUAAAAGCACAAAUAAUGAAAGAGAUCCGAAAACCAGGAAGAAAAUAUGAAAGAAUCUUCACUUUACUGAAGCAUGUGCAAGGCAGUUUACAAACAAGACUAAUAUUUUUACAAAAUGUCAUUAAGGAAGCAUCAAGGUUUAAAAAACGAAUGCUAAUAGAACAACUGGAGAACUUCUUGGAUGAAAUUCAUCGAAGAGCUAAUCAGAUCAACCACAUUAAUAGCAAUUAAAAGAAAAUAGAAUGUGGCCAUUUAUUUCACUGUCUUCUCCAAAUACAAAGUAAAUACAAGACUGUUGUGAUCUUGCAUUCAUUUUUUUGACAUGCAUUGUUGGCUACUUGAAAUACUAAGAGCAAGUCUACAGAUCCUUUUUCCAUCAUUUUACAGUGACCUUUUCUUCAUUUUGGUUUAUUUUUGUAAUGUGAAAAGUAUCACUCUAAAAAACAUUUUUAUUUAACAAACUAAAAAUAAUUCCUCCAAAUCUCUUGCUUGUCAUUGACUCUUGCGUGUCAAUUUCCCUCAGGUUCUAUUUUCUUAAACCAACCUUUAAAAUUGUCACCUCUGUUAAGGUUGAACUUUGCCAAAAAAAAAAAAAAUUAAAAAGAAGUUACUUUGUAAUUUUUGGGGAAAAAAAGCACAUACAUUAAAACUAGGUAAUGUUUUGUAUAUACAGUUAUUUUGGAUAUAUUAUUGUAAGUUGUACAAAUGUAUUUUGAAGAAUAUUUAAGAAAAGCACUUUUGUUAUUCCAUCAAUAAAUGCUCUAUUUUACUCUUGUGUGGUUUAGGAAAUAAUCACAUUUAAAGUAAUCACUCAAAAAAACAUCUUAAGACAAUGGAAUUUUAAAGGCCUUGCUUUAUAGCAUUGGAAAAAUGCACACUUGAAGUUCAUAUUUGUUAAACCUAACUGUAAUUACAUGUUACAUAGUCUGCAUUGUCUUUUUACUAUGUUUGUGGUUUUUGUUGGCCAAGCCAACAUACUCCCGUUUCUGUCUAGGUUAAUGGGAGUGACUAAUUGUCUGUGGCAGAUAGACAGACACUUUCAAAGCUAUUUAAAAAGCAGACAACUUUGGACAUUAUUGGUUUCCUUAUUUCCCUUCAACUGUGUUUUCUUUCUUACUAGGAUUGUAACGGCACUAAGUGGAGGCUGUUAGGGAGUGGUUAAGUUUGGGAUACACUGUAUACUCUGAAAUUUUAGCAAUUUGAUACCAUGCUUAUUAAAAAAGCCCACAAUUUAGAGGUUCCAAGGGGGCUCUCAUGUUCUGCUCUGCUGUUCUCACACUGAAAUUCUCCAUUUUAUUUAGAAAUUAAAUGAAAAGGAAACAUUUCAGAAGACUUUGCCCAUUUUGCAUUCUCCCCGAGUUAUACAGGAUAAGGAAAACCAACACUUCAUUUUCUACUCUCAAUCCAGUGUGGCCUUGUGUGUCAUGACUGGGGAAGCAGUCCUGUGGCCUGACUCAUUCAUAUUUCGUAGAUCACUGCUGUGCCUUUCAGCGGUUUGGGAGUGCCCCGUAGAAAAGAUAGUUAAAGAUUUGAAUUAACAGAGCAAAAUAAACAUAUACAAUUGAACUAUUUUAAGUCCAUAAUAUUGGAAAACCACAUAUCCUUAACUUUUACAUUUUAUCAAAACAUUUUUUUAAGCUUUGAGAGUAUAGCUAAAUGAAAUUGUAACUUGUUAUGAAGUAAAGCAGAGAUGAAAGUGGAGAAUGUGCUUGAGAUCUUCUAAUUCAGUCAAGGGGACUUGAGACUCUCCCAAUACUGAAGAUAAACCCUGCCAAGGAAAAGAAGCUUUUAAUGUUAGCAUUGUGUAAUAUUCUCAUAUGCAGUUCUCUAAAGCUUUUUUACCUCUACAAAACACCUUUAAGUAAAGCAAGAUAUCACUCAGUAGAUUAGGAAUUGUUAAGGAAACUGCCUGCAGUCAGCAUUGCUAAAUUCAACACGAGCUACACAAAAUUCCAGAAUAUAUUGUCUGGUCUUAAAUUAGAUAGAGUUAGUUCCUGAGAGUAACAGACGGGAUUAGAAGUCAUUCAGAUAAAAGUCCAUGUUUGACAAGAACCUCUAGGACAGAAUCAGUCUAUUCCAAUAGUUAGCAGUUCUCCUUAUUUAAAAGUUUUUAUUUCCAUCUCACAAGUUGCACAAGGGGUAAUUAUCCUUUAGACCCCAGCAUUGUAUGCAUUUUUCAGAUUGAACUCUUAAGGGAGUUGGGAAUAGCAGUCUAUUCUGUCUUCUUUUGUCCUUUAUCUCUCUGCCACUAUGCUCUUUGCAUCUUCAUCCCAAAACCUAGUUCUACAGUUUUAAGUUCAUCAUAACUACAGCUUAACAUCCCAUUUCUCUCAAAAAACUAAGAGUACGUUAGUUAAUUUGUGAAAUACUUAACUGUGGAAUUCAUCUUGUCAGCAGAGGGGCAGGGGAUUUUAUCUGGGGAGAACAGCAUGCCUUUUAAUCUCUUUAUAUCACUGGAUGACCUUCGGCUUGAUAAGUGAUAUCCUCCAAAAGUUUAAUCUUGAGGUUUGUAGAUUAUUUAUUAUUUUUCAUGUUUCUGUAUUUGUCCCAUCUGUCAAUUGAUUGGUUUAUUAGUUGUUUUUUUUUUUUAAUCAGAUUUGUUUGGAGUGGUGAAGGGCUGAGAUUCAUUUUUAAUCUCUUCAAUAACCAUCGCCAGAGGAGAAACCACUUUGCUUUGUCUGAUGUGGGCAGAUGCCUCCCAGAAGGAGAGGGAAAUAAAUUCACAAUGAUUAUACUUAGAUUUGCUACCGAUUAUGGAACUGGUUUUAGAUUAACCUUAUAUUUUCAUUCUAAUAACUAAGGCAGUUCUGAAAGUCAUAUUGAAUUUAGUGGUGUGUCCUUUCCUACUUUGAGGAUUUUACAUCAUUUUUAUGUAGUUAAAUUCCAAAAACAGUCUUUCUCUUUUAACCAUCAUCAACCUUUAUUGGCUGUCAACUUUUAGUAAUGGCUUUUAUGUUCAAGUUUAGUCCUGUUUCCAUUAUUCCUUGAAGGGGCAGAACCUGUCAUUAUUUUCAUCUUUCAGUUUCUUGACAUGUAUCCUUUCUAAGAGAAGGCUCUGCUGCCUAUUCUGAGUGAUGAAUGACAUUUUCAUCUAAUCACUAUGGGUUUGGGGUGAUCAUGGUGAAAUACUGAGAAGAUAUAUUCUGUCGAUGGACUUUUUCUCUCCAAAUAAUCCCCAAAUAGAUUAUUUUCUAGUGAAUGAUUAUAUUCAUCCUUUUUGUCACAAAAAAAUGUUCCUUUGAUUUCUAGCACACGUUACAGCAGUAUACAAAUGAUUCUCAGAUAAAAUGAUGUUGACAGUAUUUCCUUAAUAAUUUGUGUAAAACUAUGCAUACUUUUCAUUAUUCUAACUUCUGACAUUUUUUUCUCCAUAAAUAAAAGUAAAGCCUGAUGUUUAGUUAAA